UCAGAUCUCAUGAUCAAGUAGAUCACGAGUUACGUGACAGCGCUACGUAUCAAAGCCCAACAUGCGUGUCUUGCUUGUUUUUCUGCUCUGCUGUCGACUUAUGCUGUCAAGUGACAGUAAGAUAGCAACAUUAGAAGAAACGCUGCGUUACAUGAGCAAGCUCUUCUCAUUGGGUCAACCACUGAGUAGAGAGCAGGGACAACUAUUCCGAUGGACAAAUUGCAGUGCCAUCAGUACAGCUGCAUUAAAAGUCAACAAUGGAUCAGUCACCCCUGAUCCUGUUCCUCUACCCGGUAACAUCACCGCAUCAGUAGGAGUGACACUAACAGAAACACUGAAGUCUCCUCUCAAAGCUGAAGUGACUCUGAAAAAGAAGUUGCCUGUCCUGGGAUAUACUUCAAUUCCAUGUAUCGAUAACGUCGGAUCUUGCACCUAUGAUGAUCUCUGUGCCUUAAUUCCUGAUAGUACUGGAGAAUGCGGGCCUCCUUUCAGCACAUACAAGCUACCGUGCCAUUGUCCAUUUCCAGCAGGAUCCUACUACUUGCCUCCUAUCGAAAUUCAGCUUCCCAGUGCUGGCAGUAUUCCAAGUUUCUUAACAAAUGGUGAUUACUAUGGCCAGGCAAGCCUUUUUGAUGCUGCAGGACAUCCAGUUGGCUGCUAUGAGGCUUACCUCUCACUGAAAGAGGAAUAAACACUGUUUCUUCGACGUUUCAUGCUGUAGCAUUGUUUGUCUCAAUUAGUGUUCGUAGUACAAUUUUAACAUGAUCGAUAUCUGUGUGUGCAAUGAUGUGCAAUUUCAACAAGUAGAGCUGAAACACUACAA